CUUGUACUCUGAAGAACAAGGAGAGGAAGAGGAGAAAAAAACAUUGCAUGAUUUCCAAAUUUUCAUCGAAUUCAUUAGAAACUCAAGGGAAAGGAAAAACUAGGGAUUGCUUUUUAAUAUAUAUAUAUUUAUAGAUAUUUUUUCUUCUUUUGGACAUUUUGGAAGUAGUCACUUCAGGAACAUUAGGAGGAGCAACAAGUGUUUGAUGGAAACAUUUUUUACCCUGGAGGACCUCAGUUUUCCUCACGCCACAUGACUCUGAUAUGAUAGUAUUCGGAUAAUAUAUACAUUAAAUAAAAACACUUUUUCAUUCCUGAUUUAACAAAUUAAUUAAAAAAUGCCUGCAAUGGAGUUUAGAGUGGCGUUUUGUGCGCUCGCGCUGCUGGUGUUAACCUGCGCCGAAGUCGGAAGCGCAGAAGGGAACCCUCACGCCCGGCGCGCGCUAAACGUCACGGCCGCGCGGCAGCCCCGCGCGCCGCCGCCCAUGUGCACGGGCCCCACGGAGGUACGCGACGCGUUCAAGUACGUCAACGCGGCCGUGUCGUGUCUCGUGUUCGCCGCGGGACUCGUGGGCAACUCGGCGCUGCUGCGCAUCAUCCACGCGAACGAGCGCAUGCGCAGCGGGCCCAACCUGUUAAUCGCGAGCCUGGCGCUCGGCGACCUCGUGCACGUCGUGAUCGGGAUCCCGGUGAACGUGUACAAGCUUUUAGCUGAAGACUGGCCUUUUGGUGUUGGAAUCUGCAAACUGGUUCCUUUUGUGCAAAAGGCAUCAGUUGGCAUCACAGUCUUGAGUUUGUGUGCAUUAAGCAUAGACAGAUACCGCGCAGUAGCAUCCUGGAGCAACCUUAAAGGAAUCGGUGUGCCAAAGUGUACGACCAUCGAGAUCAUACUGAUAUGGUUGCUCUCGAUCAUUCUGGCAGUGCCCGAGGUCAUCGCCUUUGACAUGAUCACUAUGGAUUAUAAGGGAGAUCAUUUGAGGAUCUGCCUGCUGCAUCCCAUGCAGAAGAACCAGUUUAUGAAGUUUUAUAAGUCAGCAAAAGAUUGGUGGCUCUUCAGCUUUUACUUCUGCAUGCCGCUGGCCUGCACUGCCAUCUUCUACUCCCUCAUGACCUGUGAAAUGCUGCGAAAGAAGAACAGUGCGCAGAUUGCUCUGAACGACCACCUGAAACAUAGACGUGAAGUGGCCAAGACCGUCUUCUGUUUGGUGUUGGUCUUUGCUUUGUGUUGGUUGCCUCUGCAUCUGAGCCGUAUUCUCAAACUCACCCUUUAUAAUGAGGACGAUCCAAACCGAUGUGAGCUUCUGAGUUUUUUCCUGGUCCUCGAUUAUAUCGGGAUCAACAUGGCUUCGGUGAACUCUUGCAUCAACCCAAUAGCAUUAUAUAUGGUCAGCAAACGUUUUAAGAGCUGCUUCAGGUCUUGCCUGUGUUGUUGGUGUCUACCUCCCGAAGUGCUAUCAGUAGAUGAACAGCAGUCUUGCGUAAAGCUGAAACCGGCAGAGCAUGGGUUGGAACACAGCAGCAGCCGAGUCACAAACAAGUACACCUCGGUUUAAGUGCUAACCUGAGGGCAAUUCAGUAUGUUUUAAAGUGUAGUACUGUUUGCAAUACACACUUGUUCACUUCCAAUCAUCACUUAGAAGUGUGCAUCAUCUACCCCAUUGGCACAUGUGACAAGGCCAUCUCCAAGGAGUAGGAAUUCAAUUAUACCUACAUUGUCACAUAUAUAAAAAUAAUAAAAUAAUAAAAUCAAACUCGCAUGAAGCUAAAUCAAAUGAGAGUCACCUGGUGGGUGAAAUCACCAAAAUCUCCAGCAUCUCCAGACUGGUAAAGUAAUGUCAUGAUGUUUUAGAUGGACAUGAGGACACUCAAUGUGCUAAAUGGUGCAGGUAUGUCUAACAAAUUGUAUAAAAAAGCAUCUUGAAACACAUGUUUGGGAGUAUUUGUAUAGUAAACACUAUGUAACUGAGAUCAGUGUAAACCAUGUUGAUGUUGCUUUGAAAGAUGUCUUGAAAAUCCAAAGGUAUUGAAUUCACUCGUUCUUCAAAAUGAUGUUUUGGUAUUGUCUUCUGAAUUGGUCCCACACUUGAUUCAUGCGAUGUCAUCAUAUCAUGAUUAAGAAAAUUGAUACAGAUGUAGUUAUAGAUAAUGAAGGAUCCGCUUGGUACGAAGCGAAGUUACUGUCACCUCACCAUCCUGAAGUGUUUUGUUUCACUUAUACUACAGCAAUUUCCCCAAAAUUACCAUUUGUAUUCAUUAACCUAAAAACACUAUACAUUCUAUUCAUUCACAUUUGCCGUUAACGGUGUGAUAUGUCAGUAGACCAAGUUUAUUUUUUUUCUUUCACUUUAUUAAGACCAAAAAAAAGCAGCUUGUCGUUUUAUAAAGAAACCACAAAAGCCUCCAGUGUACAAUCUUUCCAGCGUCGUAAACACUUAAACACAGAGCUUUACCUCUGAGUGUUACAAAGUGCUGAGAGUGGAAAUUCCUUUCAAGAAUGCUAAUAAGACAUUUCCAUAUAAAAAGUGACCCUAUCAGCAAUUAUGCCUUUGAAACUGAGUGUCCAGUAUCCAGCAUUCCUGUGUAAGUCUUUAGAGUAAGUUUAUUAGUAUAACUCUAUAAAUACGAUCAAAAUGAUACUUGUAUAUAUUUAUUAUAGAUAUCUAUAGAUUGAAAUGUUUUGACCAAUCAGAUUCAAGAAUUCAACACCACUUUAGUAUAUAAGGCAUAAGAAAAUGUUCCCACAGUAGGUUUAAUACAGUAUAUCAUCUCUCUUGUGCAUUGCAUACUCAAAGUUGCAGGAAUGAUUUUUAAUGCCGUUAAGAGCAAACAUACUUGCAUGUGUCUUCUAUUAGCUUGGUAUAAUUUUUACUAAUAUACUAUGUGGUUCACGAUUUGUACAAAAUUAUUACAAACUCUGUUGUAUUAUUAUUUAAUCAAACUCCGUUGCUAUUUUACUAUCACAUAUUUAAAUCAGUUACUGUGAUUUGUUUUCUUCUUACGUAUAUAUGUAUUUUGACUUUCCAUUAAAUAUCUUGGUUAAAUGAUUUGUAUUUGAUAUAAUGUUGUGAUAUUAGUUGCUACACAAGUUUGUAUAUUGAAACUGUGUCAUUUUUUGUAUGUAUGUAUCCAGUGCAUUCAGAAAGUAUUUGGACCCUUCUUUUUUUUCCCCUAACAGUUUGUUAUUUUGCAGUUUUAUACUAAAAUGCUUAACUUUUUUCACAUCAGUGGACACUCCAUACCUUAUACGGACAAAGCAAAAGAUUGACUUGUGGUAUAAUUAAUUAUACCCCUUUGCUAUGACAUUUCAAAUUGAAUUCAGGUGCAUCAAAUUUCUCUGGAUAAUCUAUCGGAUUUUUCUAUUCUCUGGAGUUCACUUGUAGCAAAUACAUAUAUAUCUUCUUCUUUUGGCUGCUCCCAUUAUGGGUCGCCACAGCGGAUCAUCCGUCUCCAUACCCCCCUGUCCUCUACAUC